AUGCCUGAGUUCCACAGUACUAGUCAACAGGAAGUUUCUGAAAAAUUGCAUUAUAGGGAAAUAUCUCUUGAAGGUGCUUCAAACUUUGACCCAGCUGCAAGUGAUUCUUUUGAUGAGUUUACAGACUCAUUUUCUUACUUUGAACAAGUACUGACGGAAGCAAACAGUCUUCCAUUUUUAAGAAGCUAUGAUGGAAUGGGUACACAGAUAGCCACUAUGAUUUCACCAACAAAAACUGAUGACACAUGCUGGAAAAAUUGGCAGUAUCAUAGCUCUUCAACUACUAUCAGUACCAAUGAAGCAUUCGAGAACAAUACUCCAAAUAAUACUAUACAUAACUACAACCUUCAACAAUAUGACCUCAGUAACGAUAAUAAACACUUACCCAAAAAUGAACUUUCCGUUAUUAGACAAUCCCUGAAUAUUUUAAGUCAGUUGAAUAACGAAUAUGUUGAAACAGCGAACCCAACUGAUUUAACUUGCAAUUCUUUGGAUUUAAAUCACUACAAAACAAAAUGUAUCGCACGGAAUAACGAAAGCACUAGGACAGGAUCAGAAGAGAUUGGUUCCAAGUUGCUUUCUCUUAAAAGUGAGCCAUUGAUUACGUGUUUGUUUGAAUCUAAAUAUGAUUAUUCAUCGAGAGAAGACCAAAUGUCUAGCCAACAAGGACAAGAAAGUAUUACAAAUUAUGCUCUUCUGGAAGAUUCAAAUAAACUCUAUACAAUGAGUAGUCAAUACUAUGUGUCUAGAGGAGAAGAAGAAAAAAUAGUGAACGCCAAUGUCAUUGAAAACGAACACCCCGGUCAGUAUUUUGUAUCAAACACAAACCAAGCCAUUGGCGUUUCAUUAUCUUCACCCAAUCUAGAAACGCCCCUUAAAAGUGCGGAACUAGCACCCGCCGUAUCAGUGAAUAUUAUCAAUCCAAGAGACACGUACGAGCUACUCCAAAAGAACGUUUUUUUGAAUUGCUUGCCAACCGUUUUCGAAGAUGCUUUUCAUUUAAGAAAAAUUGAGCAUUCAAGUCAUAUUUGCGAUGGUUGCUUCAAAAUUACAAAAACAUCUUAUGGAUGCUCAAAACAGUUGGUUCCAACACUUCCAAACUUGAAAACAUUCGAAAAUUAUAACUCACCAAAUGGAUACACUUUGGAAUUUGCUCAAAAACACGGUAGUGACGCGUAUAUAUAUAUAUCUACAGAGAUGAAGAACGAUUACGAUCCAAAAAUUAAAAGAUAUUAUAAGAAGCAACAAUACACAGAAUCCGGAAAGAGACUUAAAAGAGAUUAUCCUUCACUUUGUCCUUUCUGUAAAGUAAGUGAUGUUCGGUCUUUUGAUCAACUUUUCUAUGAACGGAAUAAUUCGUGUUACCGAGGCCAUCUUAUCAAUACACAUGGUAUUAGUUCGUCAGGUGAAGUAGCAAAGCUUCCACAAUCCGGAUUUGUUUGCUAUAAGCUUGGAAAAAACAUCUGGUCCGAAACGGUAGGUUUUAGGUGUCCUUAUGAGGGAUGUAAUGUCUGUUUCCUCAAAGGUGACAAAACCCACGGUUUCCAUGAGUAUAUUAGACAUUGGAAUAGGUCGCAUAUUUCGCAUAAACAGAACCGCAUAUGA